GUUGUGUAGCCGCCGCCAUGUUGAUCGGGGCGCGUGUGGAGCCACUUUGGAGGUGAAUGCGGAUUGAGAGCGGAAACCGAGCCGAAGGAAGCCAGCAGGGCCGAGCUGAGUUGAGCUGAGCUGAGUGGUAGACAGCUGAAGGGACCGCGGAGCCUUUGUGGCACGCCGGACGCCGACAAUAUGGAAGCCGUCAACGCCUUUAACGACGAGCUCUUUUCCUUAAUGGAACUAAAGCCACCAAUUUCACGGGCAAAAAUGAUCCUUAUCACAAAAGCUGCCAUUAAAGCUAUUAAGCUUUACAAGCAUGUUGUGCAAAUUGUAGAGAAGUUUAUUAAAAAGUGCAAACCAGAAUUCAAAGUUCCCGGAUUGUAUGUGGUUGACUCUAUUGUUCGCCAAUCCCGUCAUCAGUUUGGAGCAGAAAAAGAUGUUUUUGGGCCACGUUUCAGUAAAAAUAUUACUGCAACAUUCCAGUACUUGUAUAAGUGCCCAUCUGAUGAAAAGAGUAAGAUAGUUCGUGUUUUGAACUUGUGGCAAAAGAAUUGUGUCUUCAAGAUAGAAGUUAUCCAGCCGUUAUUAGAUAUGGCAGUUGGGAUAACACCAACUCCUGCUCCACCUGCACUAGAAAAUGCACCUAAUAAUACAAGUCCUCCUGUUGAACCUCCCACACCUGCACCAGUUCCUCAGAUUACUUCUGAUUCUUUAUCUACAAUGCAACAACAACUACCCACUUCUGAUGCUUUCGUAGCUGUAGCUCAGCUUUUUCAGUCAACGCAAGGGGCGCAGAUACAGCAAAUAUUGCAGAACUUCCAGCAGGCUCCAAAGCAGCAGUCACCAGUUGUAGAUAGUGCCAUAAUGUCUCAAGUGGAGGCAAUAACUGCUCAGUUGAAACCACCCAGUACGCAGCCUCCCGAGCAGAAAGCUGCCUUUGACAGGAAAUUGCUUGACCGGUUUGAUUAUGAUGAUGAGCCAGAACAAGUUGAUGAAGUAAAGAAAGAAGAGCCUACGCCUCCACCUGCUCAAACUUCUUUUGCCUAUUCGGGAGAAGGCUUACAGCCACCUAUGUAUCAGCAGCUUGGAAUACAACUGCCAAAUAUGGAACAAUUUCAGCAAACUUUGAUGGGUCUUCAACAAGAGACAUUGCAACAACAGAUGCCCCCACCUCCCAAUGGGCAGUUGCCAACUUAUGGAAUGGUUCCUGUUCAUCCUUAUGCACCUAUGCCUCAGCCUACUAUGCCUCCUGUACCACCUUUACAGCCUGUUUUUCAGCAAGAAUAUCAUGCUCCCACUGAGGUGCCACAACAACAACAGCAGCAGCAACCACAGCAGCAGCAACAACAGCAAGAAGUAGAUAUGGAGAUUGAAAAGCCUGAAAUGCAUGAAGCAAAACGUCGUAGUGUUGAAAACAGACGGUCACGCACUCGAUCUGGAUCCAGAUCACCGAAGAGGAGACGUUCUCGGUCAGGUUCGAGGUCCCGAAGAUCAAGACAUAAACGUUCUCGAUCACGAUCUAGAGAAAGGCGAAGGCACUCUCCUCGAUCCCGAAGUCAAGAAAGACGUGAACGAGAAAAGGAGCGAGAACGGCGGCAAAAAGGGCUUCCUCCAGUAAAGUCUAAAAUUGUCAGCGUUUGUAGCACAACUCUCUGGAUAGGACAACUGGAUAAAAGAGCAACACAGCAGGAUGUUGCAAAUCUUUUGGAAGAGUUUGGCCAGAUAGAAUCUUUGAAUAUGAUUCCUCCAAGGGGCUGCGCUUACAUUGUGAUGGUUCAUAGACAAGAUGCAUAUCGAGCCUUACAGAAACUUAGCAGAGGAACAUUCAAAGUUAAUCAAAAGCCUAUAAAGAUUGCCUGGGCCUUAAACAAAGGAAUGAAAGCAGAAUACAAGCAGUUUUGGGAUGUAGAGCUUGGGGUUUCAUAUAUCCCUUGGGAUAAAGUCAAACCGGAAGAACUGGAGCGUUUGUGUGAAGGAGGAAUGUUGGACAGUGAAACUCUUUGCCCAGAAUGGAAGAAUAUUACAAAGGCACCACCAGCUGUCGCUGAUACUUCUGAAAAUGGCAGCACAGCUGUAACACAAUCAGAAGAAAUGCCCCAAACCUCCCUGCCCAUGCCUACACAGAUGCCUGGAGUUCAGCCGAUUCCAGCUGUUAAUAGAUUGCAGCCUCCAAAUUUUUCAACAAUUCCACCACCUACGUUCAAUCCAGGAGUACCACCACCACCCCCGCCACCACCACCUCCAUUUAUGCGUCCUGGUUUCAAUCCAGUCCAGCCACCACCUGGUUACCUCCCGCCUGGACCUAUGCCUCCACUGAGUGCUGCAAUGCCCAUUGGAAAUACAGGAACGAACAUUCCAACGUGCGAGUCAUCCCAGCUUCCUGGAAAUCAGAGUGGAACAACUCACGCUCCCAUGAUGAAUGUGCAGCCGCCAAGUCCUGGUCUUUUGGGUGCACGGCCUGGUUUAAUACCCUUACAAAGACCACCUGGAGUUCCCCCUCCUCAUUUACAGAGGUUUCCUGUUGCUCCACCACGUCCCCUGCUGCCACACUUACUACACAGAGGUCCACCACCUCCAGGACCAGGAGGAUUUGGAGUACCUCCACCUCAUGCCAUGCGGGGACCCUUUCCACCCCAGAAUGUUUUUCCUCGUCCUGGAGUGUCCGAAGAUAGAGAUGGGCGACAGUUUAGGAAUGACAGACAUGGAUUUCCUCCAGGAAGGGAUCGAGAGCAAGAACAACGCUUUGGCAGAUCUGAGUUUAGAAAUCGUCCUUUUGGUGGAAAUCGAAAUGAAAAUGAGAACCGUGAUCGCUAUGGAAAUCGACAUGAGGAAAGAGAUGAUCGGCAUUGUGGUGCACGCGAGAGAAGGGAGUGGGGGCGAAGAAGCGCUGAACGAGAAAGAUAUAGAGACUCAGAGGAAAGAAAUAGACGGUCAAGUGGACAUAGGGAUCGUGACUCACGAGACAGGGAAUCACGCAGGGAAAGAGAUGUGGAUCAACGUGGAAAGGAAAAACCUGAAGAAAUGGAUGAGGGCAGUGAAAAGCAUCACAAUUCUAAUGGAGACACACAAGGAGAAAUAAUGAAACAAUUGGAUGUGAUCCCAGUUCCUAAUUCUGCUCAAGGAGAAUGUAAUUCAUCAAAUGUGGAAUUGAAAGCUUCAGGGAUGGUGGAAUUAGCGCCUACCUCAUCUACUGAUCAACCUGAUAUGAAAGAUUCAGGUGCAAUAGCUGAGGCCCAGUGAUAGAGAAACUUAUUGUAAUAAAGCACAUGAUGUGGUGAUGAUUGAUGUAUUCACUGCAGGAUUGUGCCAUGAAGCUUUAGAGUUGUAUAAAGAAUGAUGUAUAAAUAUUUGCUUCUGCUGUCCCACAGUCCUGUCUAGUUUUAAGGUUUCAAGCAAAUUAUUUGCUUUCCCCAGUAUUCAGAAUGACCACACAAUUUACUCUGCAGUCUGAACACCUGAUGACCAGAAAACAGAUCAAAUUUUUGCUAUGUUUUUAAAAUUUUGACGUAAGGUAGAAGUGCUUUCUAUUCUUUUUAAUUUAAAACAAAUAACAGUGAAACCUCCUCCAAAAAUUGAGCUUAGGAUUUGUUUUUAAUAAACUCUAUUUUCUUAACAAACUUUAGAGCGUGUGAUAUUCUUCCUCAGAUUUGUGAAGAAAAGAAUGUCAUGGGAUGGAAGAAUAAGAUUGUGAAACACCCUAAAGUUUGAUGUUUUCUAUAUUGGAAGCAAGUCUAAAUUAGACUCUCAUUAGUAUGUGUUCUUAAAAAAAAUCAGAAAUUGCUUUUGAACAACCAACUGCAGCCCAAGACAGAUUGCUUUGCGAAGUGUAUUAUAAAAUAUUAAUGUAUUUCACUGGUGAUGUAUAGAAAAAAAAUUAUAAAUUUGCCCACUCAAGAUAAGGAAACAAAUAGCCUGAACAGUACUUUGUUUUAGAACGUUUCUUGGAGUUUAUUUGUUCAUUGCCCUUAAAUACAGACUGUUUCUUAAAAGUAAACAGUUUUCCUGUUUUCUUCUCUUUUGAAUGUUAAUGUAAUUGCAAAAAAAAUGUUUACCAUUUUGAAAAUAGACAUCAACAUUGCAGCUAGGUUAUGAAUGUGUAGAUUUAAUAUAUAGCUGAGUAUUGAUUUAAUCAUAAUUUAGCAUAAAUUAUUCAUUCACUUCUCAUAAAUAUGAUUUGAAUCUCCAAAAAAAACAUAAUUGGAUGGGCGGCCCCUGUAUUUAUGGCAGAGCACUGCAUUCAUAGAGAACAGUCCUUAUGGCAGUUUUCCACAGUUCAAAACGGUGUCAUCUGCACAUAUGUCAAGAAACACAACUUUGAAAGAAGAAUGUUUUUAUUUAUUUUUUUCAUGUAGAUUCCAUAAAAGUGAAUUAUUCUGCCUCGAGGUUUUGGUAGUAAUUGGUGAACGGGUAUGAUGUGGGGGCUGUCUGUAUCUGGUUCUGAGAUAUUUCUCAAAGUGGGGGUUUUGAAUUGUUGAUACUUAACUCGUAUUGCAACUUGAAUCUUAAUUUUUCCACCAAAGAGAUACUUAUUUCAGAUGCCUCUUAUUUCAACAAUUCACCUUUUAGUUGGAGGGUUUCCUUUCUACUCAAAAAUAAGUCAGAAUAAAAUGCCUCUAGUAAUGCUUCCUCUGCAAGAGUAGUUGUAUUUGUUUUGGACUCUGAUUAAGUUUCAGUCUCUUGUUUCUUCAUUUAUUAAUUUUGUCAUCCAGUGAAAAGUCAUGUUGAUUUUGGGCCUUUUAUAUAGAACAUCUUUUCUCCCCAACUGUAGGAUCGGAUUGUAAAAGAUCAUCAAAGCUCAUUUUCUCUCGUGAUUGUUGGUAAGUUUCUUCACAACGUGAUGUAUGAGUGUUGUUAACAUUAAGGACUAAACUUGGAGAUUUACAGCAAGCAUCAAGCAGUCCCAAAUAAAUUACAGCAUGUAUACUAAGUAAAGCUUCCUUCAUUUCUCCAUCAUUAAUGAAUAUUUCUGCAGAUAGCAAAGGAUGCAUUUACAAUAAAUAAGUGAAAAUGUUCUUUCAGCCUUACCUCCAACCUCAGAAGUACUUAAUUUUUUUCAUUUCACCUAUUAUUCAGUCACAGCAUGUACUUCUGAAUUGGAGUUGUGGGUCAAGCCCCACUCCAGAUUUGCAGCAGAGAAUCAUGAAUGACCUUUAUGUGCCACACUAUCAGCAUUUCUUUCCGCUGACAUUAAAAUGAAGAAUUUAGUCAAAUAUUUAGUGAGAUGAUGGCAAUUCAAAUCAAGUUGGUGUUACUAUCAUUUAUUGUAAAACUCUUCCUAUUGUCAUGGGACUUGAAAUAAACAUUCUACUAACCCCAUUU